UAUGAUUUACCCUUUUAAAUAUAACCUCAAAUUUUGACCGAAAUUGAAAUACUUUAAUCAUAUCGAGUUUUUCGAAAGUACUUAAUUAAUAUGAUUAAAUGGGUUGCUUAUAGGAAAUCGAAACAUGUAUAAACCUACAAGUUUUAAUUUGAUUACCCAUUAUGAUCAAAUUUGUACAUACAAGUAGGUUGUUAUGUAAGCAUGGUUUUAUUGCCAGCUAUAAUUACUGCCCAAGAACAAACUACAUAUUUGAGAAACAUGUUAAUUUUGCAAUACCGCCCGCUCGAUGUGUUAAUCAGUCGAAAUCGAAAGCUGCUGUGGCAACCUCCAUAGAGAUCGAUCCUCAAUUAGUAAAACAGUUGGAAUUAAAACCGUCAGUGUUACCAGGAUGGCGACCAACGCCAUCAACGGAUAGAUCAAACUUAAUUCAACAUUAUAUGAAGCUGUCGAAAAUUCGUCUUACAGCACUUGUCGUUGUUACCUCCAUGGCCGGUUAUACGAUGGCUCCUAGCCCGUUUGACUGGACUACCUUUACGCUAUGUGUAGCUGGAACUGGAUUAAUGUCUUGUGCAGCAAACACUGUCAACCAAUUUCAUGAAGUUCCUUUCGAUUCACAAAUGUCACGCACUAAACAUAGGAUAUUAGUCUGUGGACGAUUAACGCCACUACAUGCCAUGACAUUUGCAGCUGUAUCCAGUACCUUAGGCUUGGGAAUUCUCAAUUAUGGCGUGAAUGGAUUAACCGCAUUCCUGGGACUGUCCAAUUUGUUACUUUAUACCGCAAUUUAUACACCGUUAAAACGAAUCAGUAUUUUAAAUACCUGGGUUGGAUCCAUAGUUGGUGCUAUUCCACCUUUAAUGGGAUGGGCUGCAUGUGCAAAUUCUCUCGGGCCCGGUGCAUGGUUGAUGUCAGCACUUCUAUACAGUUGGCAAUUUCCACACUUCAACGCUCUGUCUUGGAACUUAAGACCUGAUUAUUCAAGAGCUGGAUACCGCAUGAUGGCUGUAACAAAUCCCGGUUUAUGCCGUCGAGUCGCACUAAGACAUACACUUGCCAUAACUGGAAUGUGUGCUUUAGCUCCAAUUUUAGAUAUCACGAAAUGGUGGUUCGUAUUUUCUAGUGCACCUAUUAAUUUAUAUUUCGUUUAUUUAGCAUACAAAUUUUAUAGUGAUAGUUCUAGUGCAUCGUCAAGGAAGUUGUUCCGAUAUUCGCUUAUUCAUUUACCACUACUUAUGAUGAUGUUUUUAAUUAGCAAGAAGCGUUGGGGCAAUGUAGUGACAAAUGAAAAUAGUGAAAGUAAUAUAGAGAGCAAUAUUUUAAAUGUAAAUAGAAAAUAAACAUUUUAACUGUUUU